GGGGGCUGGGAGCGGGCGGUCCCCUCCGCCGCUGGCUGCUCCGCCCGCGCUCAGACUGGGCCAGAGCUAGGAGAGCUGAGCCCGGGCUCGCAGCUCCCAGCGACCGAGUGCAGGCUCGGGUCCCGGCUGCGCCUGCCCUGACCUCCCGCCGCCCGCUCAGCAAUGAGGGUCUUGAGUGCGCGCUGUCGCGUGCUGCUGCUGGCCUGCGUCGUCCUGGUGCUGCCAGUCUCAGAGACAAACUUUUUGUCAAAGGAACGAGCUUCACAAGUCCUGGUGAGGAAGCGCCGUGCAAAUUCCUUGCUUGAAGAAACUAAAAAGGGCAAUCUCGAAAGAGAAUGCAUCGAAGAACUCUGCAAUAAAGAGGAAGCCAGGGAGGUCUUUGAAAAUAAUCCCGAAACGGAUUAUUUUUAUCCAAAAUAUUUAGCAUGUCUGGGUACAUUCCGUGGUGGUGCAUUCAGUGCUGCGCGUCAGUCUGUUCAUACCUACCCUGACCUCAGGAGCUGUGUCAAUGCCAUCCCAGACCAAUGUGACCCUCUUCCAUGCAAUGAAGAUGGGUAUCUGAGCUGCAAAGAUGGCCAAGCUGUUUUCACAUGCAUCUGUAAACCAGGCUGGCAAGGAGAAAAAUGUCAAUUUGAUGUAAACGAAUGUAAAGAUCCUUCAAAUGUAAAUGGAGGCUGCAGCCACAUUUGCGAGAACACUCCUGGAAGUUACCACUGCUCCUGUAGAAGUGGCUUUGCCAUGCUCUCAAACAAAAAAGACUGCAAAGACUUGGAUGAGUGCUCCCUAAAGCCAAGUGUUUGUGGCACAGCUGUGUGUAAGAACAUUCCAGGAGACUUUGAAUGUGUAUGUCCUGACGGCUAUAGAUAUGAUCCCUCAUCAAAGUCUUGUAAAGAUGUGGAUGAAUGCUCUGAGAACAUGUGUGAUCAACUGUGCGUCAAUUACCCUGGAGGCUACUCUUGUUACUGUGAUGGGAAGAAAGGAUUCAAACUUGCCCAAGAUCAGAAGAGUUGUGAGGUUAUUCCAGUGUGCCUUUCCUUGAACCUUGACAAGAAUUAUGAAUUAUUAUACCUGGCCGAGCAGUUUGCAGGAGUUGUCUUAUAUAUGAAAUUUCGAUUGCCAGAAGUCACCAGAUUUUCAGCUGAAUUUGAUUUCCGGACGUUUGAUUCAGAGGGCAUUAUACUGUAUGCAGAGUCUCUUGAUCACUCAAAUUGGCUCCUGAUUGCUCUUCGUGAUGGAAAGAUUGAAGUGCAGUUUAAGAAUGAAUUUUCAACCCAAAUCACAACUGGAGGCAAUUUUAUUAACAAUGGUAUAUGGAAUAUGGUGUCUGUGGAAGAAUUAGAUGACAGUGUUAGCAUUAAAAUAGCUAAAGAAGCUGUGAUGAAUAUAAACAAACUCGGGAGCCUUUUUAAACCUACAGAUGGGUUUCUGGACACCAAAAUAUACUUUGCAGGUUUACCUCGGAAAGUGGAAAGUGCGCUCAUUAAACCGAUUAAUCCUCGUCUGGACGGAUGUAUACGAGGCUGGAAUUUGAUGAAACAAGGAGCUUUAGGUGCAAAGGAAAUUAUUCAAGGGAAACAGAAUAAGCAUUGCUUCCUCACGGUGGAGAAAGGCUCCUACUACCCUGGUUCUGGAAUUGCUCAGUUCAGCAUAAAUUAUAAUAAUGAAACCAAUGUGGAAGGUUGGCAAAUAAAUGCGACCUUGAAUAUUCGCCCAUCCACUGGCACUGGAGUUAUGCUUGCUUUGGUUUCUGGGGACACAGUGCCCUUUGCCUUGUCCUUGGUGGACUCUGGCUCUGGAAAUUCUCAGGAUAUUCUGGUAUUUGUUGAAAAUUCAGUGGCGGCUCGAAUAGAGGCCCUAACUCUGUGCUCUGAACAGCAAUCCCAACUAAAAUGUAAUGUUAACAGAAAAGGACUGGAACUGUGGACAUCACUUAGAAGAGAUGUCGUUUAUUCUAACGAUCUUCAAAGGCAACUGGCAGUCUUGGACAAAGCAAUGCAAGGACCCGUGGCCACUUACCUAGGGGGUAUUCCAGACAUUUCCUUCAGUGCCACACCAGUGAAUGCCUUCUACAGUGGCUGCAUGGAAGUGACCAUCAACGGUGUGCCACUGGAUCUGGAUGAAGCCAUUUCUAAACAUAACGACAUUAGCGCUCACUCGUGUCCGGCAGUUAGGAAAAUCCAGAACUUAUAACAGCGGUUUUCUCUUCUCUUGGUGUGAUUAUGCUCAUGUUUUUAUCACCAGCUGGCAGGUGUUACCUGAGAUGUGCAAUGUUUAAAUAUCAUGUGGUACUUUGUCCUUCAGAUAUUUGUUAUAUACAUCACGUUUUAUAAAAAAAAAAAGUCUUGCUCCUAUUGCUGUCUAGAAAUUAAAUAAUGAAACACACGAAAAAUUUAAAUUUCAACUUAUUUGCUAAAAAUGAUCCUGUUUUAGUUUUUUUUAUUAUUUUAAAAGUAAAACUCAGCACCAUUGGACUAGUAUUUAAAUAUAUCUAUUCUUCUCAGAAGAUGCCUCAGUUAAACCCAAACAAAAGGUCAUGUGACUGAAUGUUAACAGUUGCAGAUAGUGCCUUUGCUGUUGUUUUCUGCCCAGGGAAGCAGCAGAGCUGACAGAUAGCACACUGUCUGCGAAUGGAAUAGAAAGUCCCAAAGCUUUAUUCCAAAGUAAUUCCUUGGAGUGGGGAGUCCCUAGCUCAAGCUUCAUUUUUUAUUUUAAUUUAAUUUUAUUUUUUUUUAGCCUGGCUUUACACUUGCCUACACCUUCACUGAAUUAGAGAACAAGGGAAGAUUUUCACAAGAGCAGCACAAGGAGUGUUGCCUCGAAGGCAUUGGUUUCUGUCUGAGACGUCAGGUUAUGCUGUAAAGGGUGUGAACACUGGGUGGACACGUUCCUCAAACUAGGCUGUAGAGGCCACACUAGGUCUGAAGGAGCAGUCCUUAGGAGGGGAAAGGAGAGUAAAUGCAUGGGGAGAGGGAGGGAUUCAUAGCUUUUCUUCACUUUGGGUUUUAAUUACUGUAGGUGGCUUGAAUGUGAUUAUUGAAGUUAAAAAAUGAUGAAAUGUAGAGUAGACUUUUAAGAAAAGGAUAAUGAUAAGAGGGAUGCUGGAAACUGUUGUUCUGUCUUUGUAACGAAAGAAGUACAGACAUAAGACUGUCAAGCAUUUGCUGGUAGUGCAUUGCAUGUCCAGGCUGUUUGUUGUUCUUCCUAAAUUGAUUAUUUUAGGUGUGUAUCAAACAUUUUGUUGUCACCUGAGAAAUUGAGUUUUAUUUUACUGUAGAUGUUUUACAUCACAUGAAACAUAAUAAAAUGACAUGUAUUUUUAAAAUAUAUAAAUAAUUUCUUUAUUUGAACAGUUUGUAGCACAAAAUUACAUAAUGUAUGUCUAAGUCUUCCUGUGCUAUAGUGCAGAACUCCAGCUGAAAGUCUGGAUGUCUGAAAUAUUUGGUGAAUGCUUAUAUUGGUUGUACAGUGUUGCUCACAAGGGGAAGAAGAGCAAGAAUAACACAUACUGAGUGUCUCAAGCCGGCUAGACAUGGUGUAGAUCACUUAUGGGAUGUAAUUUUUCUCCUGCUAUGUACAAUAGGUGAUGAAUAAUAGCAAGUGACUACCGACUAUGCUGGUAUAAAUAGAGAAGGAUGUCAGGAGUAGGUGUUUAGGUGAUAAAGUCCUUGAUGGACAGUCGUGAUCCAGAGCAUUCCUAAAAUACAAGGUGUGGCUGCUUGUCCUUUAACCAUGGCAUUGAUGAAGAAAAGCAGAAAUAGGUAGAUUCUAGGGCCUCACUGGCAGCCAAUACAGCAGAAACUAGCUCAAGGUGCAGUAAGAAAUAUUAUCUCAAAAUUAAAGCUGGAGAGCAAUUGAGAUAGAUACUCAGUGUCUUCACAUCUGUUUGACACCCCCCACCAUACACAUAUAUGUUCACGAAACACAAAGGAAGAGAGGGGUGAAUGUGAUCAAAAUACAUUACAUAUAUAUAACACAGAAUUAUGCCUAAUUAACUAAAAUAUAUUAAUAAAGGAAGGGCACAAGAAACAGAGAAAUAGGAGAAAAAGAAAAGAGAAAAAUAAAGUGAAUUUUCAUUUUCAUUUUGGAGAUUGUUUAAUUCUCAUUUAAUCAUACUACAUAGAAAGACAGCCAUAGAGAUCAAUUCCAAACUUUGUAUCAGAAGGAAAAACCUUUCUACAUACAGUGAGGUAUAAUGGAGAACAAAAAUAGUUGCAAAUUUCAUAUAUUUUUAGAUACACUCAGUCACACUUAGAGAGGAGGGGUCUAAAAUUUCGGUUAGAAUACUUGAUUUGAUCAUGAAUUUUGGUAUUUGCUGUGAAAUAGAAAUGCCUGUUUUUAAGGAAUUGGUGGAGGCAAAGGGCUUGAAGAACUAAAUUCAACUGGAUAGGAAAUAAUUUCAUUGCUUGAUAAAUAGCUCCCAGGUUUCCAGUCAUUCAUUUCAGAUUGUUUUCCUUUUUCUUUCUUUUUAGGAUGUUCUAGGAAAUCAAUACAAUGAACCUUCGGUUCAGUGCUUCCACAUCAGUCCUUUACUCAUUAACAGGAUAGCUUUGAUGAUCUUUGGCAUAGGUAACCUGCUUUAGCAACGUUCAAACUUCCAGAGGCAUUGUCUUUGAAAUUGGAUCUUCUAUAGAAGUACCAGUGUCUGCCUACUUUGUGUUUAUAUUUUCAGAGUACAAGAGUAAGGUGAAUUUAUCUGGGUCAGUGUCUUGGGAGGCUUUGAUAUAUGUUAGUAUAAGCAAGAUAUGUGAUAAUACUUAAUUGAAAUAUGCAGAUUUCAACAUUAUUUUGCUUAUGUAAAUUGAACUUUGAGCUAGAUAAUGUCUAGAAAAACAGUAGAGAAAAUAUCUUACUCAUGCUGCGAUGUAUUUAGUCUAGAGCUGCUGACUCAUGCACAAGUAAUUCAAAUAUGAGUCUGAGUUUGGUAAGGUCAGUAGCAGAGAAAUAGGCCACUGCAGGAGAUUAUGAGGAGGGAGAAAUGGAACUUUAGUGAAAUGCUGGCUGAAUGAGAGGGACACACAUAGAGUUCUAUUAAAUUGCCCUGUAGUCAAGUCCUAUCUCUCCAACUGUCUCCUCUGAUGCUCCCAUUAUGUAAAGUACAUGAGACAUCUCCCAUAAAGAUGGAUUCUAUAGAUUGACUGGAAAACAACGCCCAAAAUAAGAGUCUGGAAGGGAUGACUAAGGUACAAAAGGGUCAGGGGGAGCCUGUUGUGGCUUGGCCAGACUGAUAGCAUGGAGGUUACCAGGCUAUUAAGUGCAUCCAUCCCCAGCCUUCCGGGGAGAAAACAGGUUAUACAUCUCUUCCUUUGAAGUAUGUUUAACAUUCCUGGUGUUUCCCUGGUGUUUAUUCCUUGUGCUCAUAGCACAAGGACCUCUGUGCUUGCUACAAAAAGUAAAAAGAAAAAAAAUGUGCAGAAAUAGACAAUGGGGUAAGAGAGAAGGGAAGAGUAGGCAGGAUGAUACCCUGAUAAUUUAUCCACGGUGAGAAUGAAAUCUGGAGAGAUGAUGUUUUAAUGGCUUGGAGGUGGAACUGAUGGCCAAAUAUCAGCUAGUAGUCACAGAAACUGUCACCAAACCUGUCUCUGAUUUCUUUUUCAUUCCAGGUUUCUCUGUAAGAGAAGAUAGGAAGCCAUUCAACUAAAUAUCAUUGGGUGAAGACUUGUGUGAAGGCUGCUAAUUAACUUCUCCCUCUGGCUGAAAAGCCUAAGAUAGGUACUAAUAAAAGUCAGCUGAACCACUA